AUGACUUCAUUUCAAGCUUCAACAAGCAAAGCAGACGGUGGAAAGAAAGGACUUCAGUCAAGCAUCUGGGCUACCACAGACAAUGAAACAGCCGUUGAGGAGAAAACGGUGAAGAAAUCGAGCGGCAGACGUCGCAACUCGAAGAAUGGCAGAUCCAACAGCCAAAAUGUUUCAGAAAAGACCAAUAAUGUCAAUGCUCUCGCUGCCAGGCUUGGAAUGGUAGAUUUAAAGAGCGAACCCGAACGUCGCGCUCCAAAAUCGAAAAAAACCAUACCACCAAAGGAUCAAGCGCGUUCGGACUCUUCUGCCAGAGAAAGAGAGCACAAACAUAGUAAGUCUGAGACAUCGGUCGCAGGUCAAAGAAAAACGGCCAAUCCUCUGGCAAUGCGGCUAGGAAUUGUCGACGUUGGCGAAGUUGGCGAAGUAAGCGAGGACAAUGAGUCCGACGAGCCGUCUAGGCCCUCUACCAGCGACAGACGAAGCAUUUUCGAUCGCAUCAAGCCCAAACCGCAGGUGUCACCGGAACCCAAAAAGCCGGCCAAAACUUCGGUUUCACCGGCUCCCAAAACUUCCGAAAUUCUCAAACGCAGGAUCGAAGAGCAGAAGAAGAUACGUGAGGCUCAGCUUCGCAAAGCACAGCAAAUAAACCUGCUGCAAGACUUUUUGAAAGAUGACGAAGACACAGGCUGGGAGGAGGAUCUGUGA